GGCGAAGGGGAGGGAGUGGGACGCCCAGCAUGCAGGCAGCAUGGAAAGGGUGAGGGAGCAGCGGCCUUUCUGCUCGCUGUCCAAGAGCCAACGGGACCGGGAGAGGGAGAGCGAGAGAGACCGGGACCGGGAGCGCCGCUACACCGCCUCCUCCGCCGACCGCGACGAGGCCGCCUGCCGCGUCCCCACGCAGAAGUCCUACAGCUCCAGCGAGACGCUGCAGGCCUUCGACCAUGACCCCUCGCGCAUGCUGUUCGGAGGCCGGGUCAAGGAGAUGGUGCACAAGGAGGGAGCGGAGUACAGCAGGCCGGGCCAGACCUUCUCGCUGAGGCAGCUGGGGUUCUGCGAGCCGCCGUCGGCCCGCCGGGGCCUGGCGCUGUGCCCCGAGCCCGGCCUGUCCCACCCGCUCGGCGGCUACGCCCGGGGACCCGGCGCCACCGAGAACCAUGAGCCCGUCUCGCCGGAACGUACCAUGGCUCUCUGGGGGACGGGGGCCAAGUCGGGGCAGAACUCCUGCCUGUCCAGCCGCUCCAACUCGGCGCUCACGCUCACUGACACGGAAAUGGACAAUAAAUCGGACAACGAGAUGGGUGACCAUCUGUCCGCCCAGAAAGCCCCGCCUCCGCUUCCGCCGGCGCCGCCCCCGCACAAGCAGCAUCCGUCCAUCACCUCCCUGAGCCGCAGCUCACUGGCCAAUCAGAGGAGCCCCAGCCCGCCGCCCACAGCCGGCCUGGCGGCCGACUUGCAGAGUACGGCGGAAUGCGUCCAGCUGCAGGACAGCUGGGUGCUGGGCAGCAAUGUGGCCCUGGAGAGCAGGCACUUUCUUUUUAAAACGGGCACAGGAACGACGCCUUUCUUCGGCGCGGCGGCUCCCGGUUACACCAUGGCCACGGGGACGGUGUACUCCACGCCGGCGCGCCCGCUGCCCAGGAACAGCCUGUCCAGGGGGGCCUUCAAGUUCAAGAAGUCGCCCAAGCACUGCUCCUGGAAGUGCACGGCCCUGAUCGCCGUGGGCAUCGCCGUGCUGCUGUCCGUCAUCCUCUGCUACUGCAUCGCCAUGCACCUUUUCGGCCUCAAUUGGCAGCUCCGAGAGUUGGACAACCAGCCGGCUUUUGAAAACGGAGGAGUUGGGAAGACAGGGCCCACUCAGUCCAGCAUAGUGACAGCUCUGGCUGCUGAUGGACGGACCAGCGUGCUUCACCAGGAGAACAACUCCAUCGACACGGGGCAGGUGGACGUAGGGAAGCGGGUGGGCCAGAGCGUCCCGCCGGGGAUCUUCUGGCGCUCCCAGCUCAACAUGGACCAGCCGCGAUUCCUCAAGUUCAACAUCUCCGUGCAGAAGAACGCCCUGAUCGGAGUGUACGGACGGAAAGGCCUCGCCCCCUCUCACACCCAGUACGACUUCGUGGAGCUGCUGGACGGCAGCCGGCUCAUCGCCAAGGAGCACCGGGCCCUGAGCGAGCCGGACCCCCGGACCCGGCUGGACCACCCCGUCACCGUCCACCAGGCCGGGUUCAUCCAGUACCUGGACUCGGGGGUGUGGCACCUGGCUUUCUACAACGACGGGCGCAGCGUGGAGACGGUGUCCUACAACACCAUCGUCCAGGACUCGGUGACGGAGUGCACACACAACUGCUACGGCAACGGCGAGUGUGUGGCCGGAUCGUGCCACUGCUUCCCGGGCUUCAUCGGACCGUACUGCUCCCGAGCCGCCUGCCCGGUGCUGUGCAGCGGAAACGGCCAGUACACCAGGGGGCGCUGCCAGUGCUACAGCGGCUGGAAGGGCACCGAGUGCGACGUGCCCGCCUCCCAGUGCGUGGACCCCCAGUGCGGGGGCCACGGCGUGUGCGUGGCGGGGAACUGCCUGUGCAACGCCGGCCACAAAGGAUCCAACUGCGAGCAAGUGGACUGCGCGGACCCCAAGUGUUCCGGUCACGGAGCCUGUCACCACGGCGACUGCCACUGCAACCCGGGCUGGGGCGGCGCCAGCUGCGAGAUCCUGAAGAGCACCUGUCCCGAGCAGUGCUCCAGCCACGGCACCUUCAACACCGAGUCGGGGACCUGCGUCUGCGAGGCCAACUGGACCGGCGCCGACUGCUCCAUAGAAGUGUGUGUGGUGGACUGCGGUCCCCACGGCUCGUGCAUCAGCGGUGUGUGUCACUGCGAGGAGGGCUGGACAGGACCCGAAUGUGAGCAGAGGGACUGUCACCCACGCUGCAUCGACCACGGAGUCUGCCGAGAGGGCAAGUGUGACUGCCACCAGGGCUGGACGGGUGAACACUGCACCAUCGCCCUGGAUUCUAGAGUAUCAGGAGCAGUCAAGAUAGGAUAUAAAGACGGCUGCCCCGGGCUGUGCAACAACAACGGGAGGUGUGUCCUGGAUCAGAACGUCUGGCACUGCAUCUGCCAGUCGGGAUGGAGAGGGCUGGGCUGCGACGUCGCCACCGAGACGCUCUGCUCAGAUGGCAAGGAUAACGAGGGAGACGGCCUGGUGGACUGCAUGGAUCCGGACUGCUGCACUCAGAUCGCCUGCCAGGGUCAGACGUACUGCCGCGGCUCGCCCGACCCCGCCGCCAUGGCGGGCCAGGGUCAGGGCUCGGCCGCCCAGCUCACGGCCAAGAGCUUCUACGAGCGCGUCAGCUUCCUGAUCGGCCCCGGCGGCAGCCACGUGAUCCCCUGGGAUAACCCCUUCAACAGCAGCCUGGCGUCAGUCAUCCGGGGUCAGGUCCUCACCGGGGACGGGACGCCGCUGAUCGGAGUCAACGUGUCCUUCCUGCACUACCCGGAAUAUGGCUACACCGUCACCCGGCAGGACGGCAUGUUCGACCUGCUGGCCAAUGGCGGCGCGUCGCUGACGCUCAGCUACGAGCGCGCCCCCUUCCCCACGCUGUACCGCACGGUGUGGCUGCCCUGGAACGUGUUCCACGUCAUGGACACGGUGGUGAUGAAGCGGGAGGAGAACGACAUCCCCAGCUGCUACCUGACCGGCCUGCUCAGGCCCAACCCCCUCAUCCUGGCCACGCCCCUCUCCACCCUGUACAAGACGUCGCCGGAGGACAGCCCCAUCAUCCCCGAGACCCAGGUCCUUCACGAGCAAGUUGCCAUACCGGGCAGCGACCUCAACCUGGUGUACCUGAGCUCCAGGGCAGCUGGCUACAAGCCCAUCCUGAAGGUGCUGCUGACCCAGGACCGUCUGCCCUUUGGCCUGAUGAAGGUGCACCUGAUGGUGGCCGUCACGGGCCGUCAGUUCCAGAAGUCCUUCCCGGCCUUCCCCGACCUCUCCUACACCUUCAUCUGGGAUAAAACAGACGCCUACAAUCAGAAGGUCUUCGGCCUGGCGGAGGCUGUGGUGUCGGUGGGCUACGAGUACGAGUCCUGCCUGGACGUGGUGCUGUGGGAGAAGAGGACGGCCGUGCUGCAGGGCUACGAGGUGGACGCCACCAACAUGGGAGGCUGGAUGCUGGACAAACACCACGUGCUGGACGUCCAGAACGGGAUUCUGUACAAAGGCAGCGGGGAGAACCAGUUCAUCUCCCUGCAGCCCCCGGUGAUUUCCACCGUCAUGGGGAACGGGCGGCGCCGGAGCAUCUCCUGUCCCAGCUGUAACGGCCAGGCCCAGGGCAACAAGCUGCUGGCCCCGGUGGCGCUGGCCUGGGGCAUCGACGGCAGUCUGUACGUCGGGGACUUCAACUACAUCCGCCGCAUCUACCCGUCCGGGAAUGUGACCAGCAUCAUGGAGCUCAGAAAUAAAGACUUUAGACACAGCAACAACCCGGCGCACCGGUACUACCUGGCCACCGACCCGGUGACCGGACAGCUGUACGUAUCAGACACCAACUCCAGGCGGAUCUACAAACCCAGAACCAUGAGCGGCACCAAGGACCUGCAGUCCAACGCCGAGGUGGUGGCGGGGACGGGCGACCACUGCCUGCCCUUCGACGAGAACCACUGCGGCGACGGCGGCAAAGCCCCGGAGGCCUCGCUCACCGGACCCAAAGGCAUCGCCGUGGACAAGAACGGGCUGAUUUAUUUCGUGGACGGCACCACCAUCAGGAAGGUGGACCAGAACGGCAUCCUGUCCACCUUCCUGGGCUCUAACGACCUGACGUCGGCGCGACCCCUGACCUGCGACAACAGCAUGGACAUCAAUCAGGUGAUUUUGGAGUGGCCCACCGACCUCGCGGUCAGCCCCAUGGACAACUCGCUGUAUGUCCUGGACAACAACAUUGUGCUGCGCAUCACGGAGAACGGUCAAGUGAGCAUCGCGGCCGGCCGACCCGUCCACUGUCCUCUGGCUGGCCUGGAGCGUGGCGUCGCCGGCGGCCAGAGGGCUCAGUUGACCCCUCUGGAAUCCGCCGUUUCCAUUUCCAUAUCCUACCACGGAGCCAUCUACAUAGCGGAGACGGAUGAGAGGAAGAUGAGCAGGAUCCGGAAGGUUUCCGUGGAUGGCGAGAUAACGCAUUUGGCCGGGGCCCCCUCCGACUGCGACUGCAAGAACGACGCCAACUGCGACUGUUACCAGACAGGCGACGGCUACGCCAAAGACGCCAGGCUCAACGCGCCGUCUUCUUUGGUGGCGGCUCCGGAUGGAACCCUCUACGUGGCGGACCUCGGCAACAUCCGAAUCCGGGCCAUCUCCAGAAACGGGCCGACGCUGAUUUCCAGCACCUACGAGGUAGCCUCUCCGGACGCCCAGGAGCUGUACGUGUUCGACAGCAACGGCACCCACCAGCACACGGCCAGCCUGCUCACCGGCGACCUGAAGUUCAGCUUCAGCUACAGCACGGAGAACGACAUCACCGCCGUCACCGACAGCAGCGGGAACACCCUCAGGAUCCGCAGGGACCCCAAUCGCAUGCCGGUGCGGAUCGUCGCCCCCGACAACCAGGUCAUCUGGCUGACCAUGGGCACCAACGGCGGGCUGAAGACCCUGACGGCUCAGGGUCAGGAGCUGGUGCUGCUCACCUACCACGGCAACAACGGCCUGCUGGCCACCAAGACGUCAGAGAUCGGCUGGACCACUUUCUACGACUACGACAGCGAAGGACGGCUCAUGAACGUGACGUUCCCCACCGGCAUGGUGAACAACCUGUACACCGACAUGUACAGCGCCCUGACGGUGGACAUCGAGAGCUCCAUGAGCGAGGAGGAAAUCAGCAUCACCACCAACACCUCCACCAUCCGUGCCUUCUACACGCUGUCUCAGGACCAGUGUAGAAGCAGCUAUCAAGUGGGCUUUGAUAACUCACUGAGGAUUACCUACGCCAACGGGAUGGACACCCACUAUCAGACAGAGCCCCACAUCCUGGCAGGUGCUGCCAACCCGACUGUAGCCAGACGCAACAUGAGCUUGCCAGGGGAGAGCGGGCAAAACUUGGUGGAGUGGCGCUUCCGCAAAGAACAAGCCAGGGGGAAAGUUAUCGUGUUUGGACGAAAGCUGCGGGUAAAUGGACGGAACAUUCUUUCUGUUGAUUAUGAUCGCACCCUGAGGACGGAGAAGAUUUACGAUGAUCACAGGAAGUUCCUGCUGAAGAUAAUAUACGACACCGCAGGCCACCCGGUCCUCUGGGUGCCCAGCAGUAAGCUGCUGCCCGUUAAUGUGAGCCGCACCAGCAGCGGGCAAAUCAGCGCCCUGCAGAGAGGACCCACCACCGAGAGGCUGGAGUAUGACAGCCAGGGCCGCCUGAUUUCCAGGGUCUUUGCAGAUGGGAAGAUAUGGAGCUACACCUAUCUGGAGCAGUCCAUGGUUCUCCUGCUCCACAGUCAGAGGCAAUACAUAUUUGAUUUCGACCCUCUGGACCGGCUCUCUGCUGUCACCAUGCCAAGCGUGGCCCGCUACACCAUGCAGACCAUCCGUUCAGUGGGUUACUAUAGAAACCUUUAUCACCCUCCGGAGAGCAAUGCCUCGGUUGCUGUGGACUACAGCGAAGACGGCCUCCUACUGAGAAUAGCUCACCUUGGCACCGGCCGCCGGGUGCUGUACAGGUACCGGCGGCAGAACAAACUGUCAGAGAUCUUGUAUGACAGCACGAGGGUCAGCUUCACCUACGACGAAACGGCAGGCGUGCUGAAGACCGUCAACCUGCAGAACGAAGGGUUCAUCUGUUCCAUCCGCUACCGCCAAGUCGGUCCCCUGGUAGACCGGCAGAUUUUCCGCUUCAGCGAGGACGGCAUGGUCAACGCUCGCUUCGAUUACACCUACGACAGCAGCCUGCGCGUCACCAGCGUGCAGGGCGUCAUCAACGAAACGCCGCUGCCCAUCGACCUGUACCAGUUUGACGACAUCUCCGGGAAGAUCGAGCAGUUUGGGAAGUUUGGGGUGAUCUACUACGACAUAAACCAGAUCAUCUCCACCGCAGUCAUGACCUACACCAAGCACUUCGACGCACACGGCCGCAUAAAGGAGAUCCAGUACGAGAUCUUCCGUUCUCUCAUGUACUGGAUUACUUUCCAGUACGACGACGUCGGCAGGGUCACCAAGCGGGAGAUCAAGAUCGGCCCGUUUGCCAACACCACCAAGUACAGCUACGAGUAUGACGUGGACGGCCAGCUCCAGACGGUGUACCUCAACGACAAGGUGAUGUGGCGCUACACGUACGACCUGAAUGGAAACCUGCACCUGCUGAACGCCGGAAACAGCGCCAGGCUUCUGCCUCUGCGCUACGAUCUGAGGGAUCGCAUCACUCGCCUGGGAGAUAUCCAGUACAGGAUGGACGAGGACGGCUUCCUCCGUCAGAGGGGGGCAGAAAUAUUUGAGUACAACUCGAAGGGGCUCUUGGUGCGGGUCUACAGCAAGAGCAGCGGCUGGACCAUUCAGUAUCGCUACGACGGAUUAGGCCGCCGAGUCUCCACCAAGACCAGCUUGGGCCAGCACCUGCAGUACUUUUAUGCAGAUCUGAGCUACCCCGCCAGGAUAACACAUGUAUACAACCAUUCCAGUUCAGAGAUCACUUCAUUCUACUAUGACCUGCAAGGCCAUCUGUUUGCUAUGGAGAUCAGCAGCGGGGAGGAGUUCUACAUCGCCUGCGAUAACACCGGCACACCUUUGGCCGUCUUCACCAGCAACGGCCUCCUGGUCAAGCAGCUCCAGUACACGGCAUACGGCGAAAUCUACUUUGAUUCGAACCCAGACUUCCAGCUCGUGCUUGGAUUUCAUGGAGGACUGUACGAUCCGCUGACCAAGCUGCUGCACUUCGGGGAGCAGGAUUACGAUAUAAUGUCCGGAAGGUGGACGGUUCCAGAUGUCUCCUCCUGGAAGAAAGUGGGCAAAGAGCCAGCUCCUUUCAAUCUCUACAUGUUCAGAAAUAACAACCCCAUCAGCAAGGUCCACGAAGUCAGAGAGUAUGUCGCAGAUGUGAACAGCUGGCUGGUGACCUUUGGGUUUCAUCUUCACAACACCAUCCCCGGGUUCCCGGUUCCAAAGUUCGACUUGAGCAUGCCGUCCUACGAGCUGCGGAAGAGCCAGCUCUGGGACGAUCUGCCGUCUAUCUCUGGGGUCCAGCAGGAAGUAACCAGACAAGCGCAUUCUCUCUUGUCAUUCGAGCGGCUGCCAGAGGUCCAUCUCACUCGAGGUCGCAGGGGUGAGAAGUCUUGGCUGUGGUUCUCGGCCGCGAUGUCUCCCAUCGGAAGGGCGGUCAUGUUCGCCAUCUACAAGGGCAGCGUCCACACUCACACCCUCAACGUGGCCAGCGAGGACUGCAUCAAGGUGGCGACGAUCCUCAACAACGCCUUCUACCUGGAGGACCUCCAUUUCACCAUCGAGGGGCGGGACACGCACUACUUUGUCAAGCCGGGCCUGCCGGACGCCGACCUCGCCGCCAUGCACCUCACCAGCGGGCACAAGACCCUGGAGAACGGCAUCAACGUGACGGUCUCCCAGUCCACCACCGUCAUGGACAGCCGGACUCGCCGCUUCGCGGACGUGGAGAUCCGCGCCGGCGCCCUCGCCUUCCACAUCCGCUACGGGUCGACGGUGGACGAGGAGAAGGCGCGGGUGGUGGAGCUGGCGCGCCAGCGCGCCCUGGCCGGCGCGUGGGCGAGGGAGCAGCAGCGAGUGCGAGACGGCGAGGAGGGGGUUCGCCCCUGGACAGAAGGGGAGAAGAGGCAGCUUCUCAGCAGCGGCAAAGUGUUGGGGUAUGACGGGUACUUCGUGUUAUCGAUUGAACAGUACCCAGAAUUAGCGGAUAGCACUAAUAACAUCCACUUUCUUCGGCAAAGUGAAAUCGGGAAGAGGUAACGAGGCGCAAAUUCUGCCAAAGAGACUUUGUUUUGGUAGAGACGUACUGGCGAACAAAUUGAACGCAACUGGAAUCGAUAGUUGCUUAUAUGUACCCUGAGUGUCAAUGUGUUUUUGUAAGAAAAAAAAUAAAAGAAAUUCAACAAAAAGAAGGGAAAAAAAAAUAAAAAAAUAAAAAAAUAAAUAGGGUGGAAAAAAGAGAAGUGGUCAAAAGCAAUGCUGUGCAUUGUGACCUGCAGACUACAGAGUAAACGUACGACGACACCGAGCCUUAACACGGCGAUUACAGGUCAGAUCCUCUGUAGCACAAGCCUUCUGGACUCUGGACUCUCAAGCAGAGGAAUAGUCAUAUAUUUGAGGAACCAGUGAGUUAUUUUAGGUGUUUUAUGGGUUUUUUUUUUCUUUCCUUUUUUAUGUUUCAUCAAGACAAGUUUGGCUCAACAGAGUUUUGUCAGAGCAAAGGAAAUGUUUACAUUAUGCAUAUCUGCACUUCUCUAGAAGUACCGGGCUCGGGGGUUCACUGUCCUCCAGCGAGCAGGAGCCUCCAGCAAAUACCUUUCUUUGUUUUUUGUUUUUAAAUCAGAGACUUCUGAUACAAGACAUAUUCUCACAAAACAACCACUAUGUAUUCCAGAUUUAGCACUGUAAACAUCAAAAAUGUCUUAUUCUCCUUGAGAUGCUUUUAAGUGGAAAAAAGAAACAUGUUUAAGUACCCAAUAUUCAUUGUGGAAAAAAAAAAAAAGGACUGCAAAAGGUUUGAGGAACUUUCGGGGGGGGAGGGAGGGGGAGUGAGGCACCGCCGUGUCUCGGAUAGCACAGGGACACCAUGUUUUGUAAAUUAUGCAAGAGUUUUAUGGCGUUUUUUUAAGAAACUGAAUAAAUGUCUGUACUAGUCAUAUUACCAGUAAUUUAUGUUGUGUUUAUACAUAAAUAAAGUCCCGCUGCUUUUGGUUUUAAUUCUUUUUUUUUUUUUAAUUCUUUUUAUUUUAUGUGAUCUUCCUCAGACAUGGAUUUUUUUCUUUUUUUAUUUUGCUCUGUCGGAUUUCUUGAGGCUUCGUUCCUGAUAAUACGGCCGAUGUGGGCCUUCUUCACAAUGCUCUGUUUAAGUGAUUACCAGAAACUUGUGCAUGUGGUGACGAGUAUUUACAAGUGGUGAUGUAUCUAUAACAUGCAGUCAACUAUUACUUCCACUAAAUGUAAUGUUUAUUGGGCAUAAUGCCUUUUGACUUGGCUUCCUGUCCAAUGAAUAUUUCAUUAACACAAAUAUUUCAUGAACCCAUCUCACAUAAACAAGGUUACAGUGGAUCCAAAUAUAGAUCACAACCAUGUGCUCAGUAGGUUUAAUUUUUUUGAAUGUUCAAUGCACUCAUGGAUUAAAAUGAUGUUGGGGUU